AUGUUUAUCAACGAGCUGCUUGUGGUAUCAGUUCUUUUACUCAUCUUCAUAACUAGAUAUCAAACUUAUUCGUUACUUCUUCAACCAUUCUAUUGGAAUCAGACAACAUUCAGGUCAUAUCAAGACGGUUCAUUAGUUCUUGAAGUACGUUUGGGUGACGUUAUGGAUCUUAUAUGUCCAUUUUAUGACGAACAACAAUCGUAUAUGACAAGUGAACAAGAACAAUAUGAUAUAUAUCGAGUAUCUGAAAAUGAAUAUAAUCAAUGUAAUAUCAAUCAAUUUAAUAGUGAACCAACAGCACGUCGUGUAAUAACAUGCAACAGUCCAUAUGAUGUGAUGAAAUAUACACUUAAUUUUCGUUCAUAUUUACCAAUACCCAAUGGAUUUGAAUUUCGUCCUAAUCAAACCUAUUAUUUUCUAUCAACAUCAUUAAGUCAUCAACAAUGUAACAAACUUAAAAUUUUUGUACAUGACUAUCAACGUAUGUCAUUAUCAACAAGUACAAAAUCGUAUAUCGAUAAUCAAGAACAUAAACCUUUUUCAUUUCCUCAUUAUUCUCAUCAUCGACAUGAAUCAUCACAACCAUCGAUAUAUAAAACUGAUCAUAGACCAUUUUUACAUGCCAUUAAAGCUCAACGUCACAGUGAUGCAACUUCAAUAAAAUGGAUAACUGAUGGACCACACCCUCAAGAUAAUGAUAAAUCUCAAGAAACAAAAUAUAUAAUGGAAAGAUCUAGUUCACCAUCAAAUAUGUUAAGUCUUGCGUUAAGUUCUUCAUCAACAAAAUUAACAAUACCAUUCAUUUUAAUUUGUCUCCUACUUUCUUUAAGAUAA